CCUUUCCCUCACAACUCAAAAUUCUAAUUCAAAUAUUGAAGAAUACAUUUUUAAUUAGGUGCGCCUUUUGUUUAUGAUUAUGAAUAUGAAUGCUUCUAUUAUUUGGCAUUGCUGUUUAUGUUUGCUGGAUUAGGUUUGAUUUUUGCAUUAGAAAUUAAUUUAGGAGAAAAAGGUGUGAUCUUUAUCAGGCCCUUCUCGUUUUUUUGUCGUUAUGAUUUUUGAUUAUUUGGGGGUGUUAGUGUUAGAGUGAGUGUGAUGAAGUUGGGUUGUAAUUUUAUUUGUUGGGGGUUGUGAUUUUAUUAUUUGUUUGAUAAUCUGGGUUUUCCUGUUGAAUAUAGCUAGAGAGGAGCUAUGGAUUUGAAUGAAGAAGGGAUUAUGUUUGCCUUCUUGGAUUUUGAUGAUGGAUUCUUGGUAGAGGAAAGGCAUGAUGAAGAAAAGUUUAGGUCUUUGGUAGAUUUUGAUGAUUCUGAAAAGGGUUGUAAAGAUGUUGAUAAAUUGCCAAAUGAUCCUUUUGGGAUGGAAUUCGAUAUGGGCAUGUCUGAAGAUCCACUUUUUAUGGAUUUCAAUCCAGAUUUGCCCACAGAUCCUUUUGGCAUGGAUUUAGAUGCCACUUUUGCAGCCAUCUCUGCUCUGAUGGAGGAUUUUGGACAUAAAACCAGUGGUUUCGAGGAGGGUAGGGAUAGUGAUAAUGGUUUCGAGGAGGGUGGAGGUAGUGAUAAUGGUUCUAGCAAUUUUUGUUCAGAAUUGAAUUUUGGAUGGUCUGGCUCAAUGGAGUAUGAGGGGGAGUGUAGGGAGAAUGAUAUUGGUCCGGUGAUGUAUAUGGAGGACGGGUCGUAUGGUGAGUGUAGUACUAUGUCGGGGGGUGACAAGGAUGAUUUGAUGUGCUUUGGUUGUGAAAAAUAUGGGACUGAGCAUGUCAAGAGUGAAAGUGAUGGUGGUGUGGAUGUGAUAAUCUUUGUUCUACAGUAUCUUGAUUUUGGUAUUAAGGAUCUCCUUUCCAUUGAAAGGGUUUGCAGAUCGUUGCGUGAUGCUGUCCUAAAGGAUCCUUUUCUUUGGACAAGCAUCCACAUUGACUGUCCAUUGAGCUUUGAGCUAACCAAUGAGGAUCUUCUGCGGUUGACAAACAGGGCUCAAGGUAAACUUUGCAGCUUGAGUCUCAUCGCGUGCAUUAAUAUAAGUAAUGAUGGCCUCAAGCAGGUGCUUAACAGAAAUCUGGAAUUGACUAAGUUAAGCGUGGCUGGAUCGAUUAAAAUCAAUGGUAAAGAAGUGUUGAACAUGAUUAAGGUGUUCAACUCUGUUGCAAUGCCCGGCAUCAAGCAUCUAAGGAUUGGCGAUCCUAAUGGUAUAACAAGUGAGCACUUGAAUGAAUACAAACUUCUUUUGGGGGCAUACGAGGAGGCCGGGGACUACAAACCAAGAUUCUAUGGUGCAGCAGCCGCACCGGGAGAGAUGUAUUUGUCACUAGAUGAUGAGCGUGCGAUUGACAUUGAGAUAUGUCCGAUAUGCCAGCAAGUCAAACACGUCUUCGACUGCCCGAAUGAUAAUUGUCAAGCAAAGAUAGACUCCACCAGGACGUGCAGAGCAUGUAUCUACUGCAUUGCUCGUUGCGUACGUUGUGGGUGUUGCUUGGAUAACAAAGCAUAUGAAGAGACAUUCUACUGCGACUUCCUCUGUUUCGACUGUUUGGAGGAGCUCUUGUUCGAGGACGGGAUCACCCUCUCAGCGGGGCAGGCAUACGUUGAGCGGAGGGCGAGCUACCACUUUUUUGUCUAUAGCUAAGCACCCGUCUUAGCUUCAACCAUUGAGACACGACAAAGCUAGUGAAGAAGACAGCAGCGGCCUAGCAAUUGAAGAAAUUCUUGCACUGGUCUUCUGCGUGGCAAGAAAAUAGAUGGGAGGCUCUAGGAGAGAGCGCCUUCGGACCGCUCAGAAAUGGUGGGUCACGCCAAGAAGGGAAGCAAAGAGAGCGGUGAAAAUUCAAUCUUGUGUGAAUAGGGAAUGUCUCUAUCACUAUGAAUAGAAUACUUUUAAUGAGCUUUAGAUUUCAAAUCAUGUUUGCUUCAUUUCAAGCAAUUUUUCUAGUUUUUGCUCCUAUCUAA